CUUCACCACUUGAUCAACCAUGGGAGCUAAGUUCAAAACUAUCUUAUUUGAAAAAGUCCUCUUCGCAAUAAUAAUUUACUUCAUAUUCUCCAAAACAAACACAACCAAAGCCCUUGACACAUCAUGUGCUUCUCAACCCGACCUCACCAUCAUUCCCAUCUACGGCAAAUGCUCCCCAUUCAAACCCACACCAGACCCAUGGCCCGACACAAUCAUCAACAUGGCCUCCAAAGACCCAGCCCGCCUCGACUACCUCGCCUCCCUCGUGGCCCGAAAAAAGCCCGUCUCGUCAGCACCCAUAGCUUCGGGCCAGGCCUUCAACAUUGGUGGCUACGUGGUCCGGGCCCGUCUCGGCACACCUGGCCAACUCAUGUUCAUGGUCUUCGACACCAGCACUGACGAGGCCUGGGUCCCAUGCACCGGCUGCACCAGUUGCCCGUCCACCUCCUCUCCCUUCUCCCCCACUGCCUCCGCCACCUACGGCGGCUCCAUCACCUGCUCCGCCACAAAAUGCUAUCAGGCUCGUGGCGCACAAACAUGCCCCGGAGGCCCCGGCGCCAGCUCCGCCUGUACCUUCAAUCAGUCCUACGGCGGAGCGAUGGUCUCCGCCACGCUCGUCCAGGACUCAAUCUCUUUGGCGAGGGAAACAAUCUCGAAUUACGCUUUCGGAUGCGUUAAUUCUGUUUCUGGCGGGUCGAUUCCGUCCCAAGGGCUUUUGGGACUGGGCCGUGGGCCCUUAUCUUUUAUUUCACAGUCCCUAUCGCUCUAUAAGGGCGUGUUCUCAUACUGUCUUCCAAGCUUCCGAUCCUACUAUUUUUCCGGGUCGUUGAAACUCGGGCGUUCGGGUCAGCCCAGGAGAAUCCAAACGACGCCGCUUUUGCGUAACCCACGCCGGCCCUCGCUUUACUAUGUAAAUCUCACCGGAGUGAGCGUGGGCCGGGUAAGGGUCCCUGUGCCACGGGAGUUUCUGGUGUUUAACCAGUACACGGGUUCGGGUACAAUAAUUGAUUCGGGUACGGUUAUAACCCGGUUCGUGCAGCCGGUUUACAAUGCUAUCAGGGACGAGUUUAGAAGACAGGUAAAAGGGCCAUUUUCAAGUUUAGGUGCAUUCGACACUUGUUUUCAAAAGACCUACGAAAAACUGGCACCAAUCAUCAAACUCCAUUUUGAAGGCAUGGACCUAAAGUUGCCAUAUGAGAACAGCCUCAUACACAGUAGUUCUGGAUCGUUGGCUUGUCUGGCGAUGGCGGCUGCACCCAACAACGUGAACUCAGUGUUGAAUGUGAUCGCCAACUUGCAGCAACAGAAUCUUAGAAUUCUGUUUGAUAUAGUUAAUAAUAAGGUUGGCAUAGCCCGUGAGCUUUGUAACUAGCUGGAAGGUAGAUCUCAUUUAUGUGAUUUUAAGAUGUAAUUUUCUUGUACUAAGUUUCUCUUGUAUUAGUUGGUUAACUACUCAUGUUUUUCACAUCUUAUUGCAUGUCUCAACAUGUGGAAGCAGUAAAAGAACACGUUUUAAGGUUUAUUUAUUUAUUAUUGUGCUGUAUAAAUUUAUCUAUUCUAUAUAAAGAAUUAUGAGGG